CGAUCGUGUCUGCAGUCCCCAGAGGCUGCGUACACUCUUGAUAUCCCCCGAGUCCUCAUGCACACAAUAGCAAAGUGGGGAACUUGAAGACUUUAUUUUGGUGUCAAGAGCAUUUUCCCAUUACUGUACUAUACAUUGUGAACAAUACAAAGGCAAAAAUGACUGGAAAAGGAGGACUUGAGAAUGUUAACCCACAGGUUUUUGCCAAGGCCAGUCAGAGAGUGGAGAGUUCAACAGACUGGGACGACGAUGUUUAUGACCCCUUUGAUGCCAGGGAAGUCUUUGAUUUGGUGCGGAAUAUACGCGAUCCGGAACAUCCGCUAACAUUGGAAGAGUUGAACGUUGUAGAGGAGGACCAGUGCGAGGUGAACGACGCCAAGAACUCAGUGAUGGUGCACUUCACACCCACUAUCCCCCAUUGCAGUAUGGCUUCCCUCAUUGGCCUCAGCAUCCGUCUCAAACUAUUCCAAGCUCUGCCGCCCAGGUUUAAAGUGGACGUGUGCAUCUCGCCCGGGACCCACGCCUCCGAGCACGCCAUAAACAAGCAGCUGAAUGACAAGGAACGUGUGGCUGCAGCACUGGAAAACCCUCACCUUUUAGAAGUUAUCAACAAGUGCCUGAACCCAAGAGGCCAAGCAUAAUAGUUGGCCAGUCAGGAUGGACUGACAGGGAAACAUCAGGGUUACUGUCUAGUGCAUCUUGCAUUUAAAACAAAAUGUUGCUUGCCUCUACUAACUUCCAUCUUGACUUUAACGUGAUACAAGUGUAUGACAUGCUACAAAACGUGCCAUACCCUUUGCUUUAUCAAUUACAGAACCUUGCUUAGUUUUGUCUUUUAUUGACAAAUUAUUGUUUUUUUUAGAGAGAGUCCAUUAAACACAAUAUCUCAAAAAUACGAUGAAUUUAUGUUUGUACAUUAAACAAUCUUGGUCUGUAUAGGUAUAAAUAAAGCUUGUUGCAAAUGUCUUGGUACGGCCAGGAAUUCAUGACUACUGUCUCUAAAUAUAAUUAAAUUGGAUAUUUGGAUUUAUUUUUAUGAAUUAUAAUUCUACUACAGUACAAACUGUAUUCAUAAUAAAAUCCUAAGCUACAAAUAUUCUGUAAGCCUUUACAGAGUAGGUCAGGAUUUUACAAAAUUUAACAAACUGGACUUUCCUCUGUGAUAAGUAGGCACAAUAUGAGGACACACAUUGCACAUUGUAGAGAGAAGACUCCCCCCCCCCCUCCCAAAAAUAAAGCGGCUCUACUUAAAAGUUGAAAUAUUAUAAAUAAUUAGGAUUUCUUGUAUAUAUUAUUCCAUUAAAUGUUGUACUGCUUUUAACCAGUUCCACUAUAGUACAGCACAAAUAUUACAUAAUAUAUGCCUGGGUACUGUAUUUGUGUGUGUGUGGGAGUAUCAGUUUAUAUUAUUGUCCAACCCCUCGUACGACACUGAUUUGAUUCUCGCUAAAUAACACAUUCUAAUCAUUACCUCUUUUCCAACUUUCAUGGGUCGGGAAGCAUUAGCCAUCAUAAACAUACAGUAGUACACAUAUCAAAAUGUCCUUCCUGUAACUCCUUCACCACUUCCAGCUUUAUAUAUUUGGUAUUUUAACUUUCCAUACAAAUACAGUGGGCCUGGUUUCUACGGAGUGGGGGCCCCAAAUCUGAGGCUAUUUAUAUAAAUACUGGGAAUGCAGCGCUGACUGCCCCACAUAAUGUUUACCAGUACAGUAGUCACAUCAUCUGAAGCAAGUUCUGUUCAGUUAUUAAACCACUUUUGUUUUGGGCAACCUAAAUCACAAUAUGAUGAUUACAGUAUCUGUAAUUAUUGUAAAUUACAAUUAUCUGUAAAUAACAUUUACAGAUAAUUUACACAAAUUAUUAUUAAUUUACACAAAUUUGAGGAGAUAAAUAUUCAUUAAAACUUGAACAGUUCGCCAGUUCUAAGAAAUGAAUAAUAAUCUUACUAAAUAAAAGCUAAUUGGAAAAUUUCCUCCACCUUCUUCAACAGAGAUAAGUUAAGGCUUUCUUUUACACCAUUAUGUAAAUCAUCAAAUUAUUAUACCUAUAAUUUACAAUAAUAAUGACUAGCUAGAGCAUCUUCUAGAUAAUCAUACUGCAUAAUCAAUUUAAACAAGAAUUUCUGCAUUUAUAAAAGUGGGAAUUGGAAUAACCAAUAAUAAAAAAAAUAUUAAAGUGGUUCAUUACAUAUAUAAUAAAUUUGUAUCUUACAGAGAAACCACCAAUAAUUUACCAUGUCUACGACUGGCAACUUCCUCCUGAAUUAUACGACGACUCACUCGUCACCUACCACACAAUAACACCCAUUCUAAAUAUAAUGGAAAAUCUUUUUAUUUAAAUUGCUAUAAAUGGCAAAAUGAGAACCUUCUAACCCUUAAAGGUCAUUUAUCAUCACAUGAUGUUCUCUAAGGGGCACCGGUCAAUGUCACAAUUUUGUUAAAUUUUCACAGUGGUCAAAGCGACACGUUCUCCAGGUUUGGAGAACCGAGGUGGUUUUGUGACACGUGUAAACUGUGUGUAAUUACCAAAGUGUUUUACAUUGGUUACCAUAAAAGAACCUCCUUAUAUGAGAAAACAAAAACAUUUUAUGUGACAGCUCUGUAUGCAAAAGUACUGUAAAAAAAAAAAAAAUAUAUACAUUAUCAUUACCCAGUUUUCACUGCCACAGAGUGGAUAUUUUGGAGUGUGGUCAAAUCAUACACAAAACAGUUCAACAAAGUAUGCAGACGAUAAGCCACAAUAACGUGGCCGAAGACAUGAACACUAAACUACACAUCAGAUGAGGAGACGGCGACGUUUCAAUCCGUCCUGGACCAUUAAAAAGUUCAACAAAGUGCAUAUUCUGAUUGUCAAAAUUGUGUAUUUCAUUAGGUUACGAUGUAUUAGCUUAGGCUAGGCUCAGUUGAGUAAGGUUAGGUUAGGCUAGGUUAGGUUAGGUUAGGUAAGGUAAGGUUAGGUAAGGUAAGGUUAGGUAAGGUUAGGUAAGGUUAGGUUAGGUUGGGUAAGGCCAGAUAGGUUAUAAAAUCUGUUGGCCAACUGUCUUGUGUAUGAUAUGACUCGUAUCCAAAAUUUUGUUCCAAAAGCUGGUCAAUGACAGACUUCCCGGGAAACACAAACCGAAACUCUCUCUAUUUUCCGCUUGUUACAACUUGUAAUAAAGUUGUUACAUCUCGGCUUAACGUGUUUAUGACGUAUUAGAACGUUGUUACAACUUGCUAUAUUGGUUGUUAUAACUGGUUAGCAGGUGUUAAAACUUGUUCAAACGUUGUACCAACGUCGUAGUUUCGGUGUGUGUUUGGCGGGUUGCUCUUGGUUUACACCUAACCUUCAAGGGUUAUGUACUGUAAUACAGUAUAUAAUACACACACAUGUUUACAUUCCAUCUAGGCUAUUCGGCUUUACAUACACACCGGCACACCUCUACUUCACUGAUGGAUACAGUCAACAAUACUUCUACACAAAGAGGCUACUGUAUUCAGAGUAAUGAGUAAACUAAACAUUCUACACUCUGUUAACGUGUGCCAAAAAGAUAUACAAAUUAUAACAUUUUCUUGCAAUAAGGAAUAACUGGUAAGCAAAUGAUUCUCAGUAAUUGAAAACUUUCUUCUUCCUGGACUAGAAAAGGAAAAGUCUAGAACCCAUAUAAUGAACAAGAACCCAAGUGAUGAACAUGUUUAGAACCCAAGUGAUGAACAAGUCUGGAACCCUAGAACUCACAACGACAAGUCACCACCAGAAACAGUACGGCUUCACAACUAAAACAGCAAAUAUAAAGACUUUAAUUCUUUUGUUUAACACUCCAAGAGCAACAUAUUUUUGCUAAAAUUACUAAAAUAUACCCAGGCAGGAUUACCAAAUAUACCUGGCCAGGAUCGCCAAAUAUAGUAUACCUAGCCAGGCCUACCAAAUAUACCCGACCAUUUUGGGUUGUGUUUAAACAUUGUCGGUGACUGUAAUACUCUACUGUACUUAUAAUACAUAAAUCCUCUAUGUCUUAUUUCUUUUCAAUUAUAAAAG